GUAAGGCUACACUAAUCUACACUAACGGUGCAUAUGUUUAUCACUACACUACACUACAACUAUGCUACAACUACACUACAACUACACUACGCUGGACCUUGAGCUUGAGGAGCUGCGAUGGGAGACGAUAAGCAAGGUCACCGAGAAGAGACAGAGAAACAGAAAAAAAAGAAACAGAAAAAAAGAAACCGAUUCCCCGAAACCCUUUGUUCCGCCAGUUGCCCUUACACCCUCUUGACGUUACCCUCCACAUCCACACACCAUGAACCCUCCCCUCCGGAUCCCCUGUCUGUUCGGGGUACCCGGAGAACCCG